CACCGCAGAAGCCAGAGUAAAUUAAUUCCCCUAAUUAGCUGUCAGGCAGCACGGGACAGUGGCGGCAGUGGGCAAAACUGGCAGCCCCUGCCUGGGUUAUCCCCCACUCCAAGGCAUUGUCCCCAAACCCCAGUCACACCCCAAAAUUUUACAGAUUUGCAAAAUCCACCAUGCUGCAUCCUGGCAGCUCUGGUGAGCCCUAAAUCACCCCUAUCUCCCGUUAAAAAAAUAACAAGAAAAGACGGCGACAAAAUGGUUUAUGGCUGUAAUAAAUUGUGCUGGAGGGGAAAAAAGCCCUGUUUGCCUGGAAGCAAGGGGGGGUUUCCCAUUGGCACACAAAUGGAAGCUCUGUGUCGCACCACAGCUGGAGUCAGCAGUGGCCAGUGGAAAGGGGGAAUUAUUGGAAGUGGUUUUUUUCACAUCUAUGACACCCUGAUAAACUGAGCUGUGGGACCAGGUGUUAGUGCUGGGUGGGGAAUGAGAAUAUUCGUGGCUGGCCAGCCUCAAGGGGUAGGAAGAGCGUGGCCCCUGUGUGUCCCCACAGAGCUGGCAGUGGCCAAGGCUCCACCACCCGCUGGGCUGGGCUGGACUCUGCCCCGUUCCUCCCCUUAGCUCAGCUCCCAUCGGCCACGGAGACAGCAGCAGGGACGAGCAGAGCCAUGGCUGCCCCCAGCCAGCCCCAGAAGUCCACCUACGAUGUCAUUGUCAUUGGGGCCGGCAUCCAGGGCUCUUUCACUGCCUACCACCUGGCCCAGCACCACAAGGACACUCUGCUGCUGGAGCAGUUCCUCCUGCCCCACUCUCGGGGCAGCUCUCACGGGCAGAGCCGCAUCAUCCGCAGCGCCUACCCCCAGGAGCACUACUCCCGCAUGAUGCCCGACUGCUUCCGCCGCUGGCAGCAGCUGGAGGCUGAGACUGGCACCACCCUCUGCAGGCAGACGGGACUGGUGCUGCUGGGGCUGCCAGGAGAUCCAGAGCUGGAGGCCUGCAGGAGGAACCUGGGUGUUGACGAAGUCCUGGACUCCACAGCGCUGGCCCGGCGCUUCCCUGGCUUCCAGCUGCCAGCUGGCCAGGUGGCCGUGGUGGACAGCACUGCCGGGGUGCUCUUCGCUGGCCGGGCACUGCAGGCAGUGCAGGAGGUCUUUCGCCGACACGGGGGCACCCUGCGGGACGGGGAGAAGGUGCUGCACAUCCAACCUGGGGCCACGGUCACUGUCACCACCACUGCUGGCGUGUACAAAGCCCCCCGGCUCAUCAUCACGGCUGGAGCGUGGACUGGUGCCUUGGUGGAACAGCUGGGUGUCCGCCUGCCACUGCAGCCCCUGCGCAUCGAUGUCUGCUACUGGAGGGAGAAGCAAGCUGGGAGCGCCGGUUUGGGCAGUGUCAGCCCCUGCUUCCUGACCCUGGGGCUGAGCCAAGCCCCCCACGGCAUCUACGGGCUGCCCUCCAUUGAGUACCCAGGUCUGAUGAAGGUGUGCCACCACCACGGCAGCCCCACUGACCCAGAGAAGCGGGAUCAGGCCCCCUCGAGUGCCCCCCGCCCUGACAUCGCCGUUCUGAGCAGCUUCAUCAGCAGCUACCUGCCCGGGCUGGAGACCCAGCCAGCGGUGAUGGAGACCUGCCUCUACACGAACACUCCAGAUGAAGAUUUCAUCCUGGACCGGCACCCCAAGUUCAGCAACAUCAUCAUUGGUGCCGGCUUCUCAGGCCAUGGGUUCAAGCUGGCGCCGGUGGUGGGGAAGCUGCUGUGUGAGCUGAGCCUGGGCGAGGAGCCAUCCUACAACAUGGCCCACUUUGCCAUCAGUCGUUUCCCCGGUGUGCUUGGGGCUGCACAGUAGGUGUGGGGCUGCAGAGGUGCCCCCAUGGCAUCACACUGGCCUGCAGCUGUGUCCCUGCAUCCCAGUGUCCUCACGCACAGCACACCUCCAUCUCUGUGUACCCUGGGGACUCCCAACGUGCUGCAUUCCUCCAACCCCCACACCCCCGAUGCCCUGCAUUGCCAUGUCCCCAUAUCCACCAUCCCAGCACCUCUGCACCCUUGCUUCCCCACAUCCCUGCAUCCUGGUACCCUGCCUCCCCACAUGGCAGCAUCCUGGUACCCUGCUUCCCCACAUCCCUGCAUCCUGGUACCUGCCUCCCCACAUGGCAGCAUCCCAGCACCCCCAUGCCACGCGGUGCCAAGCCAUCGCUACCAAGCGCCCACUCCUGGGGAACAAAUUAAGAAGCUUUGUCAGCCUCAUGAAGAUGGAGCAGGAGCAGCGCGGAGAGACACACUCGCUUAGGAGUCAAGUUAAAUGUUUUAAUGUUAAA